UCUCUCUCUAUCAGGAAAAAUAAUUUUUUUUUUGCUACUGCUGUCGCCACACUCAAUAACGAAGCAAAUAUACACACGACAUCAGAAUUGAAAAUUGACUUUGUUACUGCUUUGAAAUUGCCUUGGAUUAUCAAUUCAUACCAGAGAGAAUAUCUGGUCAGUCGUCGGAUUCAUUUCGGUCAAUCGGACUGUGAAAAUAUCGCAUCAUUCACGACCGAGAUAGAAAAAAGCCACAACCAAUUUAACAUGGCAUUUUAAAAAAAAAUCAUACAAAAUGUUUGCCAAAUUCGGGCAUUCAGAUCGUUGUUAUUCGGCUGUGUAACGAGCGAAAGAACGAGAGAGAGAUAAAAAAAGAAGAAGAAUCAUUUCGAAAUAUAUAGGAAAAAAGUGCUCUUGACGCGACGUAGGCAAUCGUAGUGCUUCUUUUUAUGUAGUUAAUAUAUGUGUUAAAUAACAACAGCAGAAAUUGAAAUUGAGAUAAAAAGCACACACAAAAACAAAAUCAGUGUAAAUGCAGAUAAAAAAUUUGCCUGUGUGGAUCAUCAGAUUCGGCCAACAACAAUACAAGCCCGAUAUUCAUUCCAAGUAUUGUCAACAUAAAAAUUAGUGUCGAUUGACAUUUCGUGUUAUUAAAUAUUAAAUAAAAAGGGUGAAAUAUAUAUCUACAAAAAUAACUGAAAGCGAUUUAAUAAUGAAUAUUAAAUAAAAUGAAAAUUUGUGUUUAUUUGUAUUGUUUCGAUUACAAAUAAAGUAUGUGUCUAUUUUAUGAUACAACAUCAUCAAUAUCUAUUUAAUUCAAAAGACAGAAAAUUAAUCGUAAUAUUUAUAGGCUGAAAUUUACGCCUGAUACCGUGCAAGAGAAUUUUUUUUUAUUUUUACAUUAAAUUUAAUUUAAUGAAAAUUAUUUAAAUAGAAAUUAAACGAAAAAGAAAAAUUUAUACGAAAGAAGAAAAAAAAAACGAGCGAAAAAAUGUCGUCAGCAUCAGCAAUGGAUUUUCAAAUUGCGAACACAGCAAAUUUGGAGAAAAUUGAACGUUUCAUGAACGCUGGAGCUUAUCGAGAAAAUAUUGAAUAUAGUUCGAAUUUUAAUACACGACUGUGCAUUGAACGACGUUUACGUUUACCAUUUUUCGAUCCACAAACUGGCGUUGCUCAAAAUCAUUGCUCAUUAUUUAUGGCACGCCGACAACGAAUGCCCGGAUUUCGAAGUGGACAAAUAUAUUCAUAUCCAGCGGCACGAUGGCGAAAACAUCGACGUCAAUAUCUGUCGAAAAUGUUACGACCGUUUAGCUCAAUUGGUGCGAUAACUUCAACAGCGGCUCAAACAAAUGGUGCGGCUACGAAUAGCAUCAGCCAUCGACGCCUUGAAUACCAUCCAAAUCGAGAUGAAACCGAAACAGAUUUUAAUGGUAGUUCAUUUUUGGAGGAAAGCUCAUCGUUAGGCGGCGCUGGUGAUACAUCGGAUAGCAAGGAUAGUCAACACAUCAAAGAUGAUAUUGUUCGUCCUUAUCCAACUGAGUGGUUUUAUGAUGAAUAUCCGAAUGAAAUUGAUGGUUUGGAAGAGCCAAAAUCACCCGUUGAUGAUGAAUAUGACUAUGAUCCACGGUACGGUAGCAAGAAACGAAGGAAACGACGACCGGCCACACAGAAGCUACAGCGAAGUUUACACACAACAGAAACACCACGCAAACGUGCAUCUGGCGGUGCCAGUGGUUCACGACGUGGUCGCCGCAAAACUACUGCUGCUGGUAAAAACAAUAGUUCACUAGAGCCACCCAGCCCACCGUCAUUCGAAACAGCAGCUGCAGCCGCAAUUGAACAAAACAACGAUGACAGUUUAAAUGGUGAUUUACGAAGUUAUCGGAAAUAUAUGUGAAAAUGACUCAUAUAUAAAAAGCAUGAUGGGAUUUUAGCAAAAUGAGACGUUUACAAUGCGAAUUUCGCAAAAUAAAUAAACAAUUUGUUGUACUCAAUACAUUAAAACAAAAAAACCAACACAUAUAUACAAAUUUUGCAAAAGAGGAUAAAACAAAAAAAUUAACUAUGAGAUGUUGAUUUUGAUGUCGACCACAAAUGAUAUAUUAUUGAAAUGCAACAAUUAAUGAAAAUAACUAAUUUCAUUUAAAAUAAAAAAAAA